AUGGUCAACUCCUGUUGUGGCUCCGUCUGCUCUGAACAGGGCUGUGGCAAGGAGACCUGUUGCUGCCCCAGCUGCUGCCAGACCACCUGCUGCAGGACCACCUGCUGCCGCCCCACCUGCUGUGUGUCCAGCUGCUGCCAGCCCUCGUGCUGUGGUUCCAGCUGCUGCAGGCCCAGCUGCUGCAGGCCCAGCUGCUGCAUUUCCAGCUGCUGUCGCCCCUCCUGCUGUGGCUCCAGCUGCGGUGGCUCCAGCUGCUGUGGCACUAGCUGCUGCCGCCCCUCCUGCUGCAUUUCUAGCUGCUGCCGCCCCUCCUGCUGUGGCUCCAGCUGCGGCUCCAGCUGUGGUGGCUCCAGCUGCUGCUGCCCCUCCUGCUGUUGCCCCUCCUGCUGCCUGCGCCCAGUCUGUGGCCAGGUCUCCUGCCACACCACUUGCUAUCGCCCCACCUGUGUCAUCUCCACCUGCCCCCGCCCCAUGUGCUGUGCCUCCUCUUGCUGCUGAGACCUUUCCCUGUGACAACCACCGACUUUGUUUACCUCUGUCCCACAUUUGUAGACCCUCCCUUUGUGCUUUUUAAAUACAUGGAGUGGAAAUGAUGCUGCUCAACUGAAUUGGGCCUUGAUUCCAUGGAGGAACCAAUCACACUGUUGAAGAAGAUGGAUGUGGCAUGGAGCUUGCUUACAGUUGCUUA